UGUGAGCCACGCGUGUUUUCCCGGUCCUUCGGCCUCCCACUGACACUGCAUCUUCUGCUCCCAGCUCCCACAGUCCUGGUGGAUGUAAAGGAAUCAGAUGCAGUAAUGCAGGAGGAGGUUUUCGGUCCAAUUCUGCCCAUUAUCAACAUCAACUCCAUGGAGGAAGCCAUCGCCUUCAUCAACAGGCAUCAGAAGCCUCUGGCCAUCUAUGUUUACACCACAAACAUUAAGGUGGUGAAUGAAAUGUUGGAGAAAACUAGCAGUGGGGGCUUCUGUUCCAAUGACAACAUGGUGCAGAUGACCCUCAACACAUUACCCUUCGGAGGGAUCGGUUACAGUGGGAUCGGGGCCUACCACGGGAAGUUCAGCUUUGACACGUUCUCCCACAAGCGGGCGUGUCUGCUGAAGAAUGUUGGGAUGGAAAAGGUCAACGCUACCCGUUACCCUCCCUACAAUGAACAAAAACUCACCUGGCUCCUUUGGGCCACUGACAUCAAGAAGAGAGACUGUAGCUGUCAGCUGUUGUAGAUUCGGACCGUGAACAGCUCUCUACUACAGUUGUUCAGCAUCAAUAUCUGUUACUGCAUUAAAACCUGUUGUUGUUUGUUUAAUACCUGUUACCUAUCGCUCUUGCAACCUGUGCAUCACAACAGGGAACUGCAAACCCUUUGUUCUUGUUUCCUCAUCCUGUACAAUUAGCACAUCCCUGGUUAUUGAUUUCACAGCAGGACCCGACGGCUAGACACUGCCUUAAGACACAUUGCUUCAUGACUCCCGUGUUACGAUUUCACGAUUAAUUGUUUAUCCCUUGAUAAAACCCAGAUUCUCGAACUUUUGAUUAAA